GAUGAAGGUGUCCAAACAGGCCUCGGGGUUCGGUCUUUCGUCCGCAGCUUGGUAUCGUCCCUCUCUCUCUCUAGUUGCUAUUUCCCUUGCACAGCAAGUUGAUCGGAUAUGGCGACGCCGAUGGCUGAGGACGACUUCGAGGACGACCAGAUUGCAUCCAUGUCUACGGAAGACAUCGUCAGGGCUUCUCGUCUUCUCGAUAAUGAGAUCAGAAUCUUAAAGGAAGAGUUUCAGAGAUUGAAUCUUGAGUUGGAUUCAUUCAAGGAGAAGACCAAGGAGAACAAAGAAAAAAUAAAGUUGAACAAGCAGUUGCCGUACUUGGUCGGCAACAUUGUUGAGAUUUUGGAAAUGAACCCUGAGGAAGAUGCUGAAGAAGAUGGUGCAAACAUUGAUCUCGACUCACAAAGGAAGGGUAAAUGUGUGGUGCUCAAAACAUCCACACGUCAGACAAUUUUCUUGCCUGUAGUAGGCCUGGUUGAUCCAGAUAAAUUGAAGCCUGGUGAUCUGGUUGGAGUGAACAAGGACAGCUAUCUCAUCCUUGAUACGUUGCCAGCUGAGUACGACUCCCGUGUCAAAGCUAUGGAGGUUGAUGAGAAGCCAACUGAAGAUUACAAUGAUAUUGGAGGUCUAGAGAAACAGAUUCAAGAAUUGGUGGAGGCAAUUGUAUUACCUAUGACGCACAGAGAAAGAUUUCAGAAAUUAGGAAUUCGUCCUCCAAAGGGUAUCCUUCUAUACGGUCCUCCAGGGACAGGGAAAACUCUAAUGGCCCGUGCUUGUGCUGCUCAGACGAAUGCUACUUUUUUGAAGCUAGCAGGUCCACAGCUUGUACAGAUGUUCAUUGGCGAUGGAGCAAAGCUUGUUCGCGAUGCUUUUCAACUUGCCAAAGAAAAGUCUCCUUGCAUAAUAUUUAUAGAUGAGAUUGAUGCUAUUGGUACAAAGCGGUUUGAUAGUGAAGUUAGCGGGGAUAGAGAGGUGCAGAGGACUAUGUUAGAAUUGCUCAAUCAACUCGAUGGUUUUAGCAGUGAUGAUCGGAUUAAGGUGAUAGCAGCUACAAAUCGAGCUGACAUCUUAGAUCCUGCCUUAAUGCGUUCCGGUCGCCUGGAUCGUAAAAUUGAAUUUCCCCACCCUACCGAGGAAGCCAGGGCCCGGAUUUUGCAGAUCCACUCGAGAAAGAUGAACGUUCACCCUGACGUGAACUUUGAGGAGCUGGCUCGCUCAACGGAUGACUUCAAUGGAGCACAACUUAAAGCUGUUUGUGUGGAAGCCGGCAUGUUAGCACUUCGCCGAGAUGCCACAGAGGUGAACCAUGAAGAUUUCAACGAAGGCAUCAUACAAGUUCAAGCCAAGAAGAAAGCCAGCUUAAAUUACUACGCAUAAUCGUACAGGUCUCAGUUUCUCUCUCCCUCCCUCUCUCUCUCUCUCUCUCUCUCUCUCUCUACAUUGGCCGGACUGGGUUUGUAAUGUAUUAUGGAUUCACAAUCUUACAUUACCACUAUGAUUGAUUUGGAUAAUAAUAGUAUUAUUUACUCUACAGAAA